GGUAACUGUUCAUUAAAUAGAAUUAGUAAAAAUAGUGUAAUACAUUUAAAAAUGGCAAAAUUGGAUACUAGUUUAUACGCCGUGUUGUUUCUUAUUGUUGUUACACUAAAUUUUAACCCCUGUUUCGGAGGAUCUAGCCAGCUGCGAUGCUACUAUUGUGAUGCGUCCAUCCUCAGUGCAUGCGAUGACCCCCCAGUAAAAGCUGUUUUACCCUCGGUGGAAUGUAGAGAACCCCCUGCCCAUGUAGUCUCGAGGGACGGACAGUCAGUCACCGAUUUCGUUUUAUCUCGAUCCCGUGAUGGACAAUUUAAUGGCGUUACCCUUGUCACUAAUAUUUUACUUAGGGAAAUCCCACGAGAGGCAGAACUAACGGAUCAAGAAUACACUUUUUAUUGUGGGAAAAUCACUUUGAAGUCGGGUAUGUAUGCAUUUGUGACGGUUUGUGCCAUUAAAAAUGGACGACGAGUUGAAAAAAGUCGAGAAAGAAACUACUUACAAAAUCCCUCAGAAUAUGUGCCAGAGAAUGUGUCGAACUUUAUGAAUAUUCUUCAUUUAUUAUUGUAAAACCAUUGAAAUGCAAGGAAUUGUGGUUCAGAAAUUCUCUAUUAAUUUCUUCAUACACCUAAGUAACUUUCAUAUACUUUCACUAACUUGGCAAUUGUUUCACCACAUUGUGACUUCAUCAGGAGGGACAGAAUGCCUACAGUAAAACUAAUUAUAAGUCCAUAGGAAGUGUACUAUUUUAUUUACGUUACUAAAAGUGAAUUAUUUAAUUAAUUAAGUGUUCAAGUGUUUAAAUUUGGUUUCUAAUUUUUGAAGAAAAAUUAACUUUAAUUCUUUUACUGGCUUCAAUCCCUUAAACAACAUCGUAGGAAUAAAAAUCAACUUUUGAACGACAGAAGAUGAAACUACUGAAGAUAUGAGAGGACUAAACAUCACCGAAUGGAGUCAAAUAAAUUAUUUCAGUAUUUUCCUUGAGCAUCAAUGUUCAAAAUACUUUCUUACAGUUGACAAUUAAUCUCAAAAUAUUCAAAGAAUAUGCACGUGUGUACGUAUUAUUAUGCAAAAUUACUUACAAGACCUCCGAAGAUGCCAGAAUGACCUGAAAUAAAAA